AUGAAGUCCGUCGUUUUCAAAGGGGUCAAGCAGGUUGCGCUAGAGGAUCGACCCAAGCCCAAGAUCCAAGAUCCUACCGACAUCAUCGUUAAGGUCAAAUACACAGCGUUAUGUGGAAGCGAACUCCAUGUCUUCCGCGGGCAUCAACCCUCUGGAACUGACUUUAUUAUGGGCCACGAGUUCACCGGCGUUGUCGAUGAGGUUGGAUCUGCUGUAAAGAAUCUUAACCCCGGUGAUGCCAUCGUUAGCCCAUUCACCGUGAGCUGUGGCAAGUGCUUCUUCUGCAAGCGAGGAUUCUCAUCACGCUGCGACAAGAGCCUUCUUUUCGGCACCGUGCUUCUUGAUGGAGCACAAGCUGAAUACGUGAGAGUCCCGUAUGCUGAGAGCACUGUUGUCAGAGCUCCCAGGGAGAUCGAAGAUCUUAAACUUUGUCUUAUGGCAGAUAUCUUCCCAACCGGCUACUACGCUGCAUCAAAUGGUCUAAAGCAAUUAGAUAAAGAGCAUGCGGAGGACAGUAUCGUCGUCCUUAUCGGAUGCGGCCCUGUGGGUAUCUGUGCACUGAUUGCCGCUCUAGAGUAUAAACCCAAAGCUAUUCUGGCAGUAGAUAGCAUCGAGUCGAGACUGUUUCUUGCCAAGAGUCUUGGAGCAGAACCGUGGAACUACCUCACGCAGAAAGAAGAGCUGGAAAAACAAGUUAAGGAGCUAAGUGAUGGCCGUGGCGCCGAUGUGGUCAUCGAGGUUGUUGGACAUAGCUCAGCUCUUGACAUGGGCUUCAAGCUACUUCGUCCAUGGGGCAUCAUCUCCAGUGUCGGUGUUCAUAACGGAGAGAUUCCAUGGACAGGAAACCAGGCUUAUGGAAAGAAUCUCACCAUCAAGAUGGGAAGGUGCCCGGUUCGCAGCAUCUUUGAGGAGUCGUUGGAAUUGCUGGCCAAAAAACAGCAUCUCUUGGACUUUAUGACAGCGACCGUGAUGCCUUUGAGCGACGUCAUUGAGGGUUACGAGCUGUUUGACGCUAUGAAAGUCCAGAAGGUCAUAUUCGAUGCCGAGAAGUAA